GAUGGGAUUUGGCUCUUAAAAUUGCAGAGAGUCUAAUACUUCAUGUACAGUUUAUACUGAGUGAAAAUCAUUCCUUUUGAUACUACUUUUAGAAAAGAUUAUAAUAUUUUAAGCAAAUUAUCAGUCUAUCCAGUCAGUUUACAGCACUAUUUUAUAAAUCACUCAUCAGCAUUACUGACUAUUACUUUAAAAGUAUGUAUCAGGUCCUGGUGCAUUUUUCAUAAAAGUAGAAGAGCUCCUUUAAUUUCUUUUGCUAACUAUGGUACAGAGACUGUCACUUCUCUGUAGGGCUUGUUUAGUAUUUUGGUACAAUAAUUUAUUAUUUUUUGGUAACACCUAGAAAAUCCAGUUGAGGUUGAAGUCUAAUUUUUCUAAAAGUUGUGUAAAGUGAGAGAUCCUUCUGUCCUGAAUUGAUUACAAUCUAAAAAAGAGAAGUCUUAAGAUACCUGUAUUGGGUCCCACAACAGUGUUUGCGAUCUGUUGAUGGAAUGGACACUCUGGAUACGGAGGGGUGGUGUGUUUGUAUUUGUGCAGGCUGACAGCUGUGUCGUGGGGUUAGGGUUUUGGGGGUUGUGUACCUUGUUACAGUUCUGCAUUCCUGUACCGCAGCUGCAAAAGCACCCCUUCCCCUUGGUGAAUUUUUGUCUCCAAAGGAAGAGCCUUUUGGCUCUGAAGAAUGGCUUUAUGCUCUUUGCCUACUUUUUAGUAGCAGCGAGGAGUCGCUAACACCCUGCCACUAUUUAUUUUGUAAGCAGUGCUCCAAGUUGGUUACUUUGUGGUUGCAGCUCCCUUGAGCGGGGUGUCUCCUGCUGGUACAAAAUUGCUCCCUUACAUAAGGGCUGCGUGAUGCCCUCUUUGUGCUCGGGCUGCAGCUGUCGGGGUUUGUGAUUGCUGCCGGCCGGGGGAUGUUGGCAACGUGUGACACCGGCUUCGGAACACGCCUUUGCCUGCGCCUGUCCUGGGGGGAAGCCGCCGGCAAGAUAAGGACUUUGCUGCUGGAGCACCAUCUUUGGAAAGCUGGGAGAGAUUCAGGGCUUGUGCCAUAGUAUGGAUUUGACAACAUCACAGCAUAAUCAUCUACAGAAUCAAGGGGUCAGAGAAUUCAAAAGACAAGAGGGGGAAAAAGAAGAUGAACAGAUAGUUGCAAAAAUCAUGGAGAGGCGUUUUUUUCCUGAUCAUAUAGCUUAUAAGACCUGGGAAGGCUUUCACUUUGCCGGCCAUGAGAUAAGAAUUACAGAAGCCACUGAUUGUUACGGGGCAGUCGUCUGGCCAUCGGCUCUUGUUCUGUGUUAUUUUUUGGAAACUAAUUCUAAACAAUGCAAUUUGGUUGACAAAAAUGUGAUUGAAAUUGGAGCUGGAACUGGUUUGGUCUCCAUAGUAGCCAGUUUGCUGGGUGCCUUUGUGACUGCCACAGAUUUGCCAGAACUACUGGGAAACCUUCAGUACAACAUUCUCCAAAAUACAAAGCAAAAAUGCAAACACCAGCCUUGUGUUAAGGAGUUGUCUUGGGGAAUUGAUAUGGAAAAGAACUUUCCUAGGUCUUCCUGUCACUUUGACUACAUUAUGGCUGCUGAUGUAGUUUACCACCAUCCAUUCCUGGAUGAACUCCUCCUAACUUUUGAUCACUUGUGCAAGAAUGAUACUGUUAUUCUGUGGGCCAUGAAAUUUAGGCUGGAGGAAGAGAACCGAUUUGUGGACAGAUUUCAGACACUGUUUGACUUAGAGAUGGUUUCUAAUUUUCCCAGUUUGAACAUAGCCUUGUAUAAAGCAAUGAGGAAAGGCAGGAUGAAAGCCAGACCUUCCAAACUGGAGGUCUGAAAGAGAGAUAUGGUGAGGUGACAGUUGCAGCUGUUCUGCAGCUUUUUCUCUCUUUAAUAAUUUCCAUUUUAGUAGCUGUUGACACUUACAUGAGUGACAUUUCUAGAGAUAGGUAAAAUAAAUCAUCAAAUUCCUAGUGCAUUCCUAUAAAUUCCUAAAUUCAAUUUGCCAAUAGUGAUAUACACAGAAGAGAUACAUCUGUGAAAUUGUCUUGACUUUUAUGUGCUAAGCUGACAACUCUAAUAAUUUUUACAAGUCUUACCAUGAUUGUUAUGGGUCAUAUAAUGAAUAUUUCCAGAAGUUUUCAAUUACAGCUUUGAACAGUCUCUUAUAAGUUUGAACAAUUAUUUAAAAAUUUUAGACUAUAAAUCUUUGUAUUUAAAAGUUUUGGUGUUAAAUCUGAUAUUUCCCCAUUUUCACUAUUAUGUUAAUCCUUCCUUUGAAUACUCUUAAUAGGACAUUAAAUUAGCUGAAAAAACCUCACCACCUGAAAAACACACUUUUUGUGAUAAAGGGAGAGAAUACAUUAAUUACUCUUAAUGUAAUGUUUAUGCUUUCAUUUUUCUAUUUAAAUUUAGGGAUUCUUCAACACAAAGAGCACAUGAAGCAAGAAUGAUUUAAAUGUUUUGCUUGUUGCUUGAACAAAGGUCAUGUAUUAGAAGCAUACAACAACCAGCUGCCGUUUACAAAGACUUUUAACUCUUGGUCUGGAGUUCUGCUCCUCCAAAAAUAGACGGUUAUCUGAACCUGAUGGAGCAACAAUGGAAAAAGGACAGUGACCAUCAAGAAAGGAGCUGUGCACUGCUGGCUGCUGGUGGCUGGAGGCAGAAAACUAAACCAGCCUGUCAUGGCGUGGCUGAAGCAUGGAUAGAAUUAGAUAUUUGUUUGUUUUUUUAGUAUGGGCAAACAAAAUACUUUCUUCCUAACCACUCAGUACUGCAUGCUCCUGUUUUCAGUGGCCUAUCCAAGAGUUUUCUUUUGGGGAGGUUAAUAAAAUUAUUCUUUCCACACACA